CUUUAACAUAAGCUCCACUGCAUGCCGCUGUUAGCAGCAUAUGUCAAGUUGUAGUAAAAAAUUAUAUUUGAGCGGCAAGCGAGCACAUAAAAUUCAAUUGGGAAUACAAUUGGAAAUAAGUUUGUCAAACACACGUUUCGUCCGUAAGCGAUCACAAGCCAAACAAAUCACAAAAUGGUUUUCUACUUCAAGAGCAAUCUAGUGCAGCCGGCGGCCAUGUUGUACAUGGGUCGCGACAAGCACGAGAACGAGGAACUGAUCCGCUGGGGCUGGCCGGAAGAUGUGUGGUUCCAUGUGCACAAUUUGUCGUCGGCUCACGUCUAUUUGCGUCUCCGCAAGGGACAGACCAUCGACGAUAUACCCAGCGAUGUGCUGGUGGAUGCUGCACAACUGUGCAAGGCGAACAGCAUUCAGGGCAACAAGGUAAACAAUUUGGAAAUUGUUUAUACCAUGUGGGAGAACCUGAAGAAGACUCCCGACAUGGAGCCCGGCCAGGUGGCCUAUCACGAUGAGAAAGCGGUGCGCAAGAUACGGCUGGAGAAGCGGGUUAAUGAGAUUGUGAAUCGCUUAAAUAAAACCAAGACCGAGGAGGAGCAUCCCGAUUUUCGCGGACAGCGCGAGACACGCGACGCUGCCGAGCGACAGGAUCAGAAGCGGGUGCAGCGCGAGAAGCGCGAACAGGAGAAGGAAGCGGCCAAGCAGCGCGAACUGGAGGCGGAGCUGCGCAGUUAUGCAUCAUUGCAGAAAACAGAAAACAUGCGCACCAACUACGAUGCCGGCAACGAAUCUGAUGACUUUAUGUAGUAGUGUGUGUGUGUGCAUUUGUGUGUGCAAGCACUACACCUACUUAUAAACAAACUUAAUUAUAACUAUUUUUUUUUUAUUAAAAUUGUGCAUAUAAAAA